AUGGGGAAUUGCCAGUGUUAAUCAGCAGACAUUCAAAAAACAGAAGAAAUGUAGCCUCUAGAAUACAAAUAAGAGAACAUCACUAGUUUUGAGGAUCAUUAAUUGCAAUUUUGCUUGGCUCAACAAAUAUAAUAAUAAGAAACAAUCAAGUCUAAUAAUGAAACAUCUGAUGAUACUCAUAGACCUAAUCCUUAAGUAGUGUGGUAAACGUCAACACAGUUUACUACUUCAAAUAACGUAGUUGAAGUAAUUUCAUCAAAUUAUACCAUUUUAGAAACUUUUGGAUGAAUUGGGCACUUACGAAAUAGAAGAUGAAGAGGGCCAUUUUUAUGGAGUCUAUGAAUAAAAGGAUGGUUCAUUAUAUAGAGGUUGUUGGUAUCAAAGUGAAAAAUUUGGAUAUGGUACUUGAACACAAUUCCUAUCUCUCUAGGAUGCUUAAUUUAUUAAGAUGGGUCAGUAUUUUAAGGACAAUGGAGAAGAGACAGAGCAAAUGGGAAAGGACGUAUGAUAUAUGCUGAUGGAGAUUGGUAUGAAGGAGAUUGGGUAGACGAUUUAAGUUAGAUUACUGUUAUUUUUUAGAGCAUGGAAACGGAAAAUAUGUACAUUUUGAUGGAACCAUCUAUGAAGGAGAAUGGAAGAAUGAUUUUUAGGAUGGUUAUGGAUAAGAAUAAUUUGCUGAUGGAUCUAAAUAUAUGGGAUAGUUUAAGAAUGGUAAAAAGAAUGGAUUUGGCAAAUAUUUUUGGGUUGAUGGCCAGAAAUAUGAAGGGAAUUUUGAAUCUAAUUAUUUUUGUGGAUUUGGGUAUAAAAUCCAGUAUAUUAUCAAUCAGAAAAUAUGUAUGGUCUGAUGGAAGGUAAUACGAAGGUGAAUGGUUAAAUGGAAGUAUGGAUGGAAAUGGCAUAAUGAACUGGCCAGAUGGAAGAAAGUAUGAAGGAUAAUACUCUAAUGAUAAAAAACAUGGAUAAGGAGUUUUAGGAUGGCGUAACUUGUGUAUAUUUAAUGUAGGGUAGCUGAUGGUAGGAAAUAUUCAGGGUAAUGGGAAUUUGGAAAAUAGCAUGGAAUUGGAGAAUAUUUUAAUGGUUAAAUCAAUAAAAAAGGAUAAUGGAACUAAGGAAAGCGACUUAAAUGGCUAGAUUGA